AUGCUCAGCUUCAGUAGACUCACUCAAGUCGUCGCUGAGAAGACCCAUCCUAGUUCGCACACGCCAACCAACGGUCAGCGUAACAAUUCAAAGCGAAUACCGCCCUCCCAGACAGUAUCUUGGUUACAAGCUUUCGACGCUCGUGCCGUUGCCGUGCAGGGCAAUCUUGUCAUCACGACUCCCAACAUGCACUUCGUUCCGGAAUUCCGUCACUUCGACGAUGAAAUCUUACAAGCGCGCGCAGAUGGUCGCUUUGGCGUUAUCGAUUGUUUCCAAUGGCCUCAGGCUUACGACGAUACAUUUUGCUAUGCCACUUGCAUACCUCGAAAGGAGGCCUUUCCGUCUCCUCACCCACUUCAUUGGGCCUGGUUCACCCCUACCCAGAAUGAUCUUAAGUCCAUUCCUGGGAAUUCGUUUCCUGUGGGCACACUGGCGUCAGAUAAGGUCGAAGGCUUGCAAUCCCUCUUCAAGCUGGCGGAACAACGACUCCGUGAGUAUAGACAGGCUCAGCCAGACAGAGGCCAAGUCAUAUAUGGCCGCCUUUUGUCCCUCCGACAUGCCGUCGCACGCUUGAAGUCACAUCCCCUCACAUUUCAUGAUCUUCUCAUUUUCGUCACCGAUGCUCAGCGUCUCUUUCUCGAUAUUUACUCUUACAUCGACUGGGUACUUAUAGCUCAACCUCUCACGACUUCAGGCCUUCGUCAUGCUAUUCAGGGCGAUUGGAUGGGCACUUUUGUGCAGAGUAGCGACGUCUGCGAGAAGUUAUUCUGCACUGGUGUCCCCGUUUGGUAUGUUCGCGCAAGCGCAUACAUCCCCCCGAACAUGAAGGUUGUCGAAUCAGUUUUACUUACCCGACCAGAUCACAUCAUCAUUGGCAUGUACGCGGAGGGCAGUAAAGUUCGCCCAUUCGAAGUGAUAUACCGCGGUCCUGGUGGUCAUAGUCGUCAUGUGCACGUUCGCCGCCUAUACGCAGGUACAACGCACCUAGACCCCAAGGCAGCCAACCCUCAACCAUCGUCCAGCUUGAAUUCCGAUCCUAAAGGAUCUAGUCAUGGCAAGGCGCCAUCUCGACAGAAGAGUAAGCCAAAGCACCAGCCAUACUCCAUUGAAGCUCGCCCUGCACGUCCUGCUCAGUCAGGCGAAUCCAGGGACAAGUGGCGAGACCCUGACACUCCUUACCUUCCGCCGCCGAACCUGCAUUGGGAAGCAGCGAUGAAAAUUGCAAUUAGGGACCAGUCGCGCGUUCACACGCCCUACGUUAUCGAUCGGGGGUAUAGAUUCCCUGAGCCUGCUCUUCUUAUCGGCCCCAAACUGCCUGAACGUCUGCAGAUAUAUCUUGCCAAUUGGCUUGUAUCUUGUGCGCUGUGGGUAGGCCGAGUCGACCACGAUCCUCCAUGCACUUAUCCCACUCCUCAACUCUGGCGCGACUUCCUUGGUAGUGUGCCUUCUGCCCAGCCACAAUCUCAUCAGGAGAAAGCUCCUGACAGAAAGAGUCUUACGGCCACCAAGAAGCGGAAGCAGGUGAUGCGGGAGUUGUUCGGCGAUGAUGUGCUAGAAUCUCAGGGCGAUGUAUUUUCGCCAGAUGGAGUUGUUGAAUUUCGGGGUGAAGAAAUAUCCAUCGGCAGUGUUACUAAUCCUUCCGCACUUCUAGCCCAGAAGAGAGAAUGGAAGGAAGAUCCAGCUGGUCGUGAGCAACUCCUCCAUGGCAUCUUCCCGGGCGACACUGGUCUAGUGAUGUGGUCAGAGCCAUUUCCAUCAGAACAUUACGGGUUGUGGGAUAACACCCUGAAGGGCUGUCUUCCUUAUGUGGAGAAUUUUCGCCGACUGCUUUGCGAUUGGGAUGGCGUGCCGCCUCUUCUUAUGACCCCGCUAACAUCAGACAACUUCACAGAUACAAAGUCUUGGGAAGUCAAGCGUGUGGCCACGGCAUUUUACGUCCAAGCAUUUUUUGAUCAUUUCGGCAGGCCUCCCAUCGUACCCCAUUCACUUCCCAUGCAAUCAUGA